AUGUCGCCCACUUCCUCCCCGCUAUCCAGCCUGACGUCGCUGUCAGAGGACGACGCGCCGACCGCGCCUCACCUCGACACAAACUCCGCGCCCGAAGGCACACAUGCCUGUCCAGCAACGUCGGGAUUAACAAACGAUCCCACCUGUCCAGAUGAUGAAGACCUCAGCGAGGCGCAGAAGAGGAACCGAAUGAAGGACCGGUGGGUGGAGGAGGUCUCGCAGCUGAGCACGAAGUGUUUCGGCUGCAAGGGCGCCAUUAGACUCAGCGACGUGUACGAGUCCAGGAAAUGGUACGAAAUCGAGAAGUACUGCUCUCAUGCCGCACUCUUGGAGGAAAGCGGGACGUUGGCACGUUCGCUCUCUGGAGCGAAGGGUUCGAUUUUCGAAGGAGACGCUGCGAGGAGCAAUGUCCGACGCGAAUCUCACGGAAAGGCGCGCAUCACCACCGCCUCCGCGAAGGCUGAAAAGGACAACAGCAUCCCUGAAGAUCCUGCGGCGAAAGACACGAGACGCCAGCCGUCUCGAAGCCGUCCCCGUCGGAACGUCAAGAGUCGCAAGAGUUCGGCGCACGCACCGCAGCAGCCAGCUCCUGCCGCGUCCACCCCUGAUUAUCGGGCGACUGCAGAGACGGAGGACAGCAAGACUCUGUUCGACGGCAGCGACAGCGAAGCGCCAGACAAUUACAAGGGAUCCAACGAACCCAUCAGGCGGGGGCUCGGCGACGACUCGCUGGAGAAGCCUUCGAUCGCGCCAGUCGCGAGAAAGGUUUGCGUCGGCAAAGAUUCUGGCACGAGGGAUAUAUCCAAGCGCAGAACAGGCAGGCGCGACGAGGGGGAUGCGAGAUCAUAUGGGUCUGAGGUGGACACACAGACGCAGGUCGGCAGUGUGUUCCCCGAGGACGAGGAUAUGGCCGCAUGCGCGCCUCCUCGUCGGAAUCACAGAGGUAAGGUCGCGCACGUUCGUUUCCAACAGAACACACCUUCGAGAUCCAACAAGGAUAGUGAUCCCAGAGAGGCCAAGAGCGCGAAGACACCGGUCUACGGGGACAUCCCACUUGUCGAUGCGUUUCCUGCCGCUUUCACUCAUAGCGACACCUUGUCUGCCGAGUUCCCUAAGGUUGCGUACUCGAUCAACGGCAUAGACGGGUUGCUGGACCUUCCUCCGCUGAUCACAUACGCGGAGUCCUCGAUGCGGUCCACAUUGCAAGAUACGCCAACGGACGAUGCUGGAGGCCCGUGCAACGGUUACGACCAUGGCGAUACGAGCAAAGAUAUCACCGUCGAAGUGCAGUAUAGGGGGGUGGAUGAUAUGGUCGUGCGCGCCGUAGAUAGUUAAGUCCGGUAGCUAGCUACAUGAUGACGGAGAAGCAGAGCUCGUAGAUAUCGUUCGCCAAGUGUUGGCGUUGAAAAGUCGCAGAUACGUUAUGAUACCCAAUGGAAAGUUAGACUGCUUAAACAACGUAGGAUCUGACCAGGACAGCGUCAGCUCUUUGAGUAAAAGUGAGUUCAUGAUGGCGGGAAG